AUGGAGAAUAUUGUCACAGAGCAGAACGAGAUGAUCGUAGAAAUAUUUCAAUCAGCCGUUGGAGCCGCUUUGGUCGUAGUUCAGCUGAUUGCUAAUGAGAGAGAGACGUUGUCGGGGAAGCAAGUGAUGUCCUUUUCUUUCCUUCCCUAUGGACCCGUUACCGAGAAGAUAGUGCUGUUCCUCGCCGGUUUAUUCUACUCUUUCGAGCAGUUUCUUAUUAUGAUCUUCAGUGUUCACAGAGUACUGGUGCUUUUGAGGUGA